AUGAUGCAAAAUUCAUAUCUUCUUCGCCAUUUUCAGGUAAUUGGUGUUGGAAUCAAUACUGAACGAGGAUUGUUGAUGGCACGUAUCUCAGAGGAUACUGGUGAAGAGAAUCCCUUGCAGGUUCAUAGGCUUUCAGCAUGUGAAAGUAUGGGCUCUGCAAAAGCAAUUUUCAGUGAUGUGACUGGAACACUGAGAAGGUAUCAGGUGGGUUUCACAGUAGGAAGCAUGGUUACUUACAGAAGCAAGCAUGCCAUGUUCUGUGCUUGA